AUGCCUCCCAAAGAUGAUUCCGCUGACAACUCCAGGCCAGCAAAGAUCCGGAGAGUGGCCGCUGCGUGUGAUGACUGCCGCCAAAAGAAAAUCAAGUGUGACGGUGUUCGCCCAGUGUGCUCCCCCUGCCGCUUGCGCACCCGGUCAACUCGGUGCUCGUGGGGAGUCCGUAAAGUAAGAGGCGUCGGUGUCUCUCAUGCUGAUUUGCGUCGUCUGCAAGAGCGUGUCAGAGAGCUUGAGGAAUCGAAAGAUGUCGUCAAAUCGCAUCAGCCUCAUGCAUCGACCGAAGAAUCCUUGGAGCCUCCCGUACCCGACGAACCAGUGAAUGAAGAUGACGAGAGCCACCCUCAAAGCAUGACAUUGAUGGGAUUGACCAGCGAGGAUCAGGGCAUUGUCACUCACCCAGACAAAGAUUCCAGUGCCCAUGCCUUUACAAACUGGAUCAAAACCGUCCUGGAUCCCCCAUCCAAAGCUUCAGAGUCUCCAGCCACAUCUGUAUCGGCAUCGCAGGUGCCAUAUCACCAGAGCAAAAGGUCGCGCACUAAGAAAGUACAUAUGGAAAGUUACGUCUUGCCAUCACGAAAGCGAGCGAACUAUCUCCUCGAAUCUUACUGGCGUCGUGCGGUCUAUCCUUUUGUUGAUGCAACUACCAUCAACUCGUACUAUGCGAGGCUUUGGACCGGGGACGAUCUCGGUGACGAAGGUCCAGCUUUUCUCUGCCUGAUCAAUCUGAUCUUUAGUAUGGCAUGUACCAUGGAUAGCGAAACCAAGUCCAGUGAGCGUGGUGCACAGGCAAACGUUUUUUACGAACGCGCCCGAGAAUUUAUCGACCUCGACUUUCUCAACGCAAGUUCACUGCUCACUGUGCAAUGUUUCCUGGUACUGGGAGAGUAUCUUCAAAGCAAGAAUGACCCUCAGGGAUGCUGGACCUUUAUCGGUCUUGCCAUAAGAUGCGCUCAAAGCCUAGAGCUAGAUCAGCCGGUCCAACCUGCCAGUAUUGUCAGCUUCCAUGAUCCAGAAUUAUCACGAAGAUUGUGGCACAGCUGUGUUUUGAUGGAUCGAUCUGUGGCUAUGACACUUGGCCGUCCUGCUGUCAUUACUCCUGAAGCUGCAGCUGCAGUCCCGUAUCCUACAGCACAUCUUGAUGGGUCCGAAUGUCGGUGCUACGAUGAGAAUUGUCAAGACCAAGUGCAGUCUUCUGACCAUUUCUUCGUGGAAGCUUUGAAGCUCUAUGAAGCAAUGAACGACAUCUGGCUGACCCUGUACAACCCGGCCGCCGCCGCAAGAGCCUCUCCAGAUCCAUUUUCAGAACUUUUUGGUAUCAUGGGGAAAAGAGCAGUGGGAGUCAUCUUUGAAAUGGACGCCAAACUAUGGUCAUUGACUCAUGCUUUGCCACAAUCCCUCAGGCCAGAGUAUGAAGCAGUGAAGACACCUAUCCAAGUUCGACAAACCAAUAUAUUACGCCUCAGACAUCGUCACAUUCGUAUGCUCCUCUUUCGGCCUGUUCUAGCCCGACUUCCUGUUGCUAUGGCAUCAACUUCUCAGUCACUGGAGUCUAGAAUGCCACGCCGUAUCGCCUUACAAUUUUCCAUCUGCUGUGUGGAGACAGCUCUGGAGACGAUCAAUAUUUUCUACGAGAUCGCAUCAGGUAAGCAACUGGAUCAGCUAGAUGAUCUCCUUCCGGGUUGGUGGUAUAGCAUUCUUUACAUAUAUUCGGCAGCAAGCGUCAUCAUCGCAGGACGCCUGCAUCCUGAAGUCGUCGCCACCGUCUCUGAAGAAGCAAUCGUCCGAGGUUGGGAAAGUGUCAUGAAGAUCUUGCAAGAGCUUUCCAACUUGACUACCGAUGCUGCACGGUGCGCGGCAACGUUGGACAUGCUCUACCACAAGGUCUUGCGGCAUCACUCUGCCCAAGGCGCCCCAGAAGUCCGACAGCCUAUCGACCCAAGUUAUAUGAACAACGAUCAUUUGCCAGAGCCUGGAAGCGGCUCAACUUUCGCCAUUGACCAUACUACCGACUUACCUGAGUCAACGAUCGAGUUCAGACCCCAAAGACAUACGCCGACUUCUCGUGAUCCUGAUGACCCAGAAGCAUCUGGGAACAUGCAGAUGGAUGAAUGGGGCUUUGGUCAGUCAUUCAGGGGCGCGGACGGAUUCGAGGCUUUCAGCUCGCACUUGUGGCCAGACUCCGAUUUCAUGAAUCCUUCGGAUGUUUCUUUCGAUCUUAGCAACAUGUCAUGGCUUACUUCUGUGCCACCACAAUUACACGGGUCUCAUCGAAGCUGA